UAGUAACCCACAUGGAAACCGAUUUCCCUGUGUUUUGAGUUUGGGCGCCGAUUGCGGCGGUGAGAAAUUAUCUAAGGCUCGGGAGGAAAUUUCUUCAUCGUAAACCCGCCGUGUUGUUUCUACAUCAUAUUACUGUAAAGUAAUAUUAACUAUGAAGAUCGAGGAGGUAAAAAGCACCACUAAAACUCAGCGGAUCGCCUCUCACAGUCAUGUCAAAGGACUCGGGCUAGAUGAGGCCGGGAAUGCUAAACAGACCUCAUGUGGGCUAGUCGGCCAGGAGGCUGCAAGAGAGGCUUGUGGCAUCAUUGUCGAGCUGAUCCGCUCAAAGAAAAUGGCAGGAAGAGCAGUGUUACUGGCAGGGCCACCCGGUACAGGAAAGACUGCCCUCGCCUUGGCUGUAGCUCAGGAGUUGGGAAACAAGGUGCCUUUCUGCCCCAUGGUUGGCAGCGAGGUCUACUCAUCUGAGAUUAAAAAAACAGAAGUACUGAUGGAGAAUUUCAGGAGGGCCAUUGGACUGCGUAUCAAAGAAACAAAGGAGGUGUAUGAAGGGGAGGUGACAGAGCUGACCCCCUGUGAGACCGAGAAUCCCAUGGGUGGCUACGGAAAAACCAUCAGCCACGUCAUCAUCGGCCUGAAGACGGGCAAAGGCACGAAGCAGCUCAAGCUGGACCCCAGUAUUUAUGAGAGUCUUCAGAAAGAGCGUGUGGAAGUGGGAGAUGUCAUCUACAUUGAAGCCAACAGUGGAGCUGUCAAGAGACAAGGUCGCUGUGACACUUUUGCUACAGAGUUCGACCUGGAAGCAGAGGAGUAUGUGCCGCUGCCCAAAGGUGAUGUCCACAAAAAGAAGGAGAUAGUCCAAGAUGUCACACUGCAUGACCUGGAUGUUGCAAAUGCCAGACCCCAGGGAGGCCAGGACAUUCUCUCCAUGAUGGGACAACUGAUGAAGCCCAAAAAGACAGAAAUCACAGAUAAGCUGCGUGCUGAGAUUAACAAGGUGGUGAACCGCUACAUUGACCAGGGUGUAGCUGAGCUCGUACCUGGUGUGCUGUUUGUGGACGAGGUGCACAUGCUGGACAUCGAAUGCUUCACAUACCUCCAUAGAGCACUCGAGAGUACCAUCGCCCCCAUCGUUGUAUUCGCCUCUAACAGGGGAAACUGUUUAAUUAGGGGGACAGAGGACAUCAGCUCUCCACACGGGAUUCCUCUGGACUUGCUGGACAGAGUCAUGAUAAUUCGCACCAUGCUGUACACACCACAGGAGAUGAAGCAGAUAAUAAAGAUCCGCGCUCAGACAGAGGGGAUCAAUAUCAGCGAGGAAGCUCUUACACAUCUGGCAGAGAUCGGCACCAAGACCACCCUCAGGUACGCUGUACAGCUGCUGACUCCAGCUAACCUGCUAGGUCGUGUUCAGGGAAAAGAGAGCGUGGAGAGAGAGCAGGUAGAAGAAAUCAAUGAGCUGUUCUACGACGCCAAGUCCUCCGCCAAGAUCCUCCAAGAUCAGCAUCACAAGUUUAUGAAAUAAAACUGUAUUUCUAGGUUGUUGUUUUUUUUUUCUUUCACAACUGGCAAGGCCGGUGCUCUCAGCCAGCUGUUACAUGGUUCACGUUGAUUCUCCAUCUUUUUUAUGUGCUUUGUUUCUUUGCACUUCUCCAUCUUUACCCUCCACACCAUGGCUACUUCUAGUGUCCAUGCCUCAUCUGCAUAAGUAGUUUUGUUCUAAUAAAGUUUUAUUAAUUUUGUUGUUUAUGACAAUAAUUUUUUGAAUAAAAAGCAAAAACACAAAUUGGUGCAGUUGUCUUUGAUAUUAUUGUAUAUGUUUAUUCUUUUUUGUUUCUUACAUAAUUGACUAUAUCACUGGCAGUUCUUAUAAUAAAACAGGAACAAUGAGACUGUAUGUUGCAAUAAAUUUACAAGAGAUUUCAACUUUUUUUUCAGUGUCACAAAAAUCCUUUUCUUGCCAUUCUUAUGUGCAAUAGGUAUUUUUCACAUAAGCUAUUUUGACAUCUCAAAGCAGGAAAAGCACAGCAGGAGCACACAGCUCCACUUAGCUGGUUGUUUCAGAAUCCAGGUAUCAUGAUUGCUGGGUCUUUGUCACUGGAACACAAACAGAAUGGAGCCUCGGUUGCAUGGAUGGUUAACUGAGCGGGCCUGCAGCGCAGAAGGCAAAGGCCCAGGGUCUGUGUGUGUGCUGCUUGGGCAGAGACAGACGGUAUUUUCUGGUUGCACGUUAUUGCAUCUUGGCAGUUAUAGGGCUAAAAUUAGUGCGUUCACUGAUGUGUUUCCAUCACUGCCGAUCACAGCCAGAGCCGAUAGCAGCCUGUGACUACUGCAGAGUAAUUUGACUUAGGUUUAAAGGGUGAUUUGUUGCCUUUUCCAUUAUAUUCAAAAGCCAGCUGUUGGCAGAUUUUUUUUGUGCAGCGUGAAAGGGGCUAAUGUAACACAUACCAGCCAACAAGAGACUCAAAUGAGAGAUGCAGAACAACUAUAUAGAAAAAAGAAGAACUACAGAAAGGGG